AUGGAGAGUUCCAGAGGACCUGAGACACCUGUAGUAGAGUGGCCUGACUUUUUAGAGGCCUUUUUGGACUAUUACUUUCCCUCAGAGAUUCGGGAGAUUCGGGUUAACCAGUUCUUAGGCCUUCAGCAGGGCCAUAUGAGUGUUCGGGAGUAUUAUCUCCAGUUUGAUUCUCUGGCCAAGUAUGAUCCAUCUUUUAUUGACUCGAUGAGAGAGAGCUCCCGAGCUUCAGGGUCUCAGCAGCAGAGGGGUUCAGGCCAGAUGGGGCCACCUUUAUUGCGAUGUGAUAACAACGAACAUGGUCACUACGAAAGAUUUCAGCUGGGGUCGAAUGUUUGUUAUGCAUGUGGGCAGCAGGGUCAUAUGAUGAGAGAUUGCCUGAAUAAAGGACAAGGUAGAAUGGCACAACUGUCAGGUUCAAUUGCAGGAUCAUCUUCUUCUGGGCAUUCUACAAUGCGUGGGUCCCAGUUUUUUGUUAGUAGAGGUCGACAUAGAGGCGGAGCCUCCAGUUCAGGUGGUGGACAGAACGGUAUCUAUGCCUUGGCAGGUCAUCAGGAUUUAGAGUCUUCGCCAGAUGUGGUGACAGGUACAUUGACAGUUUGUUCAUAUAGUGUCUAUGCAUUCCUAGAUCCAGGAUCCACCCUGUCAUAUGUCACUCCAUUUGUUAUAAGGAAGUUUGAUAUAGUAUCUGAGUCAUUGAGUAGAUUAUCUUUAGUGUCUACACCAGUGGGUGAGUCUGUUGUUGCUGAAAGAGCUUAUCGGGGUUGUACUGUAGAGAUUCAUAGCCAUCAGACCUCAUCAGAUCUUAUAGAGUUAGAAAUGGUUGACUUUGACGCCAUCAUGUGCAUGGAUUGGUUAGCGUCUUCUUAUGCUAAUGUUGAAUGCUGGACAAAGAUUUUCAGGUUUCAUUUCCCAGGCGAGACAGUCUUGGAGUGUAAAGGAAAUACAGAAGCAGAAGCAAAAUGUUGA